GAUUAGAUAUUAUUUAUCAAACAUCGAGCUAUCAAAUUGAAAACAAAAAUCAUCCAAUAUUUAACAGCGCAUGUGUAAACGGAAGUGUCGUUAGACAUCUGAAAACAUGCACAAGUUAAAGAGUUCACAAAAGGACAAGGUCCGUCAGUUUAUUGCAUUUACUCAAACUGUAGAAAAAACAGCAAUAAAUUGUUUAGGGGUACACGACUGGAAAUUAGACGUCGCAGUUGAUAAUUACUUCUCAAAUCCAGAAAGAUACAACAGCAGUGGCGAAUCAAGGACAGCGGUAGAUCGAAGGAGACUAGAUGUACUAUGGAAUAAAUAUAAAGACCCACAUGAAGAAGAUAAAAUGACGGUCGAUGGUGUUAUGAAAUUUUUAGAAGAUUUAAGUUUAAACCCAGAAUCUAGAACUGUUCUUAUAUUAGCCUGGAGAUUUAAAGCAGCCACACAAUGUGAAUUUACUAAAGAUGAAUUUAUAAAUGGAAUGUUGGAAUUAGGGUGUGAUUCUGUUGAAAAAUUAAGAGUGAAAUGUUCAACGAUGGAAUUUGACAUAAGAGACCCUGUGAGGUUUAAAGAUUUUUACCAGUUCACUUUUAACUAUGCCAAGAAUCCAGGACAGAAAGGUCUAGAUUUGGAGAUGGCCUUAGCAUACUGGAAUAUAGUUUUGGCAGGGAGGUUUAAAUUUUUGGAUUUAUGGGUAUCAUUUUUACAAGAACAUCAUAAAAGAUCUAUACCUAAAGAUACCUGGAACUUGUUAUUAGAUUUCUGUAAUAUGAUAAAUGAUGAUAUGACAAAUUAUGAUGAAGAAGGAGCCUGGCCUGUGUUAAUAGAUGACUUUGUAGAAUAUGCUAAACCUUUAAUUCUAACUGGAGGAUCUCGUAGUACAACCGUUUAAAAAUAUUAUAAACAUAUACAGAUAGUUUUUAUUCUUAACAACAGCUAUGUUUACCCUAGCAACGUCUGGAUAAAACAGCUUUUGAACUAUUAAGCUAAAAGACAAUGUAGAUAUUUUGUAUUUAUAAACAUUGAGUGAUAUAAUUAAUGAAGAGGAAUGUUGAUGUUGUGAAAAGAUCAAAUAAUUUUUUUACUUUUCAUCUGAUAAAAUCAAGAUGUGGAAUGUUACUACAGAAAGAGGUGUCAUGUUCAAGAACAACAAGUGAUUAAUCCUAUGAGUAUUUAAGUAGUUGUUAAAUAAUCCAUUCAGUUGUUCACUUAGUUAUGUUUUGCACAAUGACAUUCUGUUAACCCUUUAGGAAAACAUUUUACACAUUAACCAAUGUCAUUAUAUCUUGUUUGAUUGUUGACCGUUCUUAGGAAAGUUUAAAAUGACACAAUCUCUCUAAUUUGAUGGAGAUGCUAUGGUUAAACCUGAUAUGUUAAUGGUGAAGUCCUAGUUUUAAAUGGCUCUCUGAACUAAGACUGUUUAAGGAUGUUAAUCAAUGCCAAAUGUGAAGAAAUAGCUUGUUAACCCCUUAAGAAACAAGAAAUUUUCUUAGUACAAGUCUGAGUAAUAGUUUAUGCAGUCACAAGGUAUGGUAAAUGCCAGUAAAAGAAUGUCAUCUCCAACUCCACCUGACUACUGGAAGUUUGUAUUUCUAUUUACAAUUUCUGAAAUUUUUCUUUUUGUUUUCUCAAAAAAAUUCAAGUGAUUAAUCUCCACCCUGAAUAAUCAAAAUAUCAGAUUAGCCAAACUGCCUUAAAUGAAAGCAGUCAUGCUCCUAUUAAAUUAGAAGAUGAAAAUCUGAAAUAUUGUGAAAUGAAUCAACUGUAAUGACAUUGGUAUUGUGAACAAUAUUGAAUACAUGAUUAGAAUUAAUGACAGAUAGCUUAUCCUACAUUUCUUAAUUAUAUACUAUGUUUACAGAAUUUUAUUUAGUUUGAUGUUUCAUCAAUUUCAUAUCCUCUUGUAUAUUUCUAUACAACAGAUUGUUUUUAUUGAUAAAUUUAAUACUACUUUGAAUAGUAAUAGAACCUUCCACUUGAAAAUUAUGCCAUCAAACAUUUUUAAUUAAUUAAUUGUUUUGCUUAACUAGCUUUCUUCAAUCAGUAGGACUUCAUCGAAAGCUUAGGGGAACUAAAAAACCAUGUGCCCCAUGGUUCCAGUGAAGAAUUCUAAGUUUGUACACUACCUGUUAUCACUCACCCAUUUUUCCUUCAGUUAUUUUUUUGCUUUUAAGACAUAAAAUCUAUCAUUUUUUCAGAAAAGACUACCGCUUGGAUUGUUUAUUUCAUUUCAUUUUUAAAAGUAAAUCCUAAUUUAAGUGUAAUUUUUGGGUGUUUAAAGUGACUAACAUAGAUGCUUAAAAUAGAGUGUCCUGAGGAUGACGAAAGUUUAUAAUUCAGGUAAACUUGUUGGUUGUGUCCCUUUCAUUUGUGUUAUCUUACUCUGAUUAAAGCUGAUGAAUUAUUAAAACUAAUACAUUUAUGUUUCAAUAUUCUUCGAUAGAUAUUAGUUUGUGUGAAGAGGAAAUAGAAAAAAACAAUUGUAACAUUGUUUGCUAUGGAAGAACUUUACUAAUACUACACAUAUAAAUAUGUGUACAGAGAAUUGGAGAUUUAUUAUUUAAGAGCACUGCUAAAAUUCUAUUUUGUAAACAUUCUGGCUGAGUCAGUUGCAUUGUACCCAUUUAUCUUACAUACAAGUUUAUCAGUUUAUUUAAAGGUUUUCUACAGAUUUAUUCUGAAACUGUAAUACUUUAUACUAAAUUUGCUCAGUAAUAACUCAAGUAAUUGUUAAAAAUAGACUAAUAUUUUUGUACUUCUAAAUUCUUGAACAAUUUAUUACUGUUAAAGGGACUAAAUGAGAAGGACAAUAAGAGCUGUUGGUGCCAUUUAUAUUUGUUUAAUCCAUACAGUCUCAUAUAUUUGUCAAAUGAAUUAUAUUUAAAAAGUAAAACUGGGACUAUGUUCUCUUAUUUUAUAAGUAGUUACCCGAUAUUAAAUAAUUAUAUGUACAUUCAGUGCAUAUAGUAAUAUAGAUUACCGGUGAGAAUUUAUUAUUGAAUCAUGGUAAAUAAUACAGUACACAAAUUACACCAUUCUAUCUUAUAGCGUGGUUAACUAGAUUUGAUUUCAUAUUAAAGGUUAUAACUUUGAACCUAUGAAUCUCAGUCCUUAGAAAUAUAUAAAAAUUCUACUCACUGUGUCUCACUAGUCUGGUUUGAGCGCCUUUUCUUUUAUCAUUUUCGAUUCAUGUUUGAAGUUCUUAGCUUUGCAUUCAAAUAGUUCCAUGAAAACAUUCUUUUUACAAUAAGAACAAUUUUUAUUUUUCUGUCAGUGUUUUAAAAAUGUAAAAUAAAGUUACCUUUUCCAAUUCAAAGCUUUGGUUGUGUGAGAAAUCUUGUUUGUAAACAAUUAAAAAACACUGACAAAGAUUACAAGAAUUGAUGAAAGGAUGUGAUCGUAGUUUAGUAUUUUAUUCAUGAUAUGCAAAAUUUGUCAAGAGAAGUGAAGACAGCUUUUCAUAGUCCUUAGUUGUAGGGUCAAAAUAAAGAGAUGGCUAUGAGUAUGGUGAAUAAGGUGUUCUAUUUAAAGUUAAAAUGCAUUAUUAAAUGUAAUAUAACAAAAUUGUAUGCUGUUAUCAAAUGAAUAUGCCUUCAUUAAAGCUUUUGUUAGAAUAUUAGUAAGACUCAAGUCAAAGAGGAAUAAUGUAAGAAAUUGCUUUAAUAUAAAGAGCACAACAAACUGCUGAUCAAGAGGCUUCAAUAUUAUUAAUGCUAAAUAUGUAGAUUAAUCUUGAUCACAUUAAUUCUAGAUGAUUUUAAGUUUAAUUGAGUCAAUGCUGGCCAUAAUGCCAAUUAGAAUCUGUCCAAUGUUUUUUUUUGUUUUUUUUAACACUAUAUAUCUUACUUAAGGUGACCCAGAUGUUCACUGUACAUGAAAUAUGACUAGUCGUAAGUGGUAGACAAGAUUCUAAAGCAUAGCUUUUAUUUGAAAUUUUUUCAUGUCAAGAAGAGGCUUUGCCAUAUAAAAUCUCUCAUAAAGAUGACUAUAAAAUGAAAAUAAAGAAAUGAUGGAAAAUAAUUUAUAUAAAAUAAUAGGUAUAUGAUAUUUUCUGGUAUAUCUAUAUUAUUGUACCAUCUUGUGUUGAAACCUGUAGAUAAGUUGUUCAUCUGUCAAUUACUGUUUAAACCCUAUUUAUCAGUACAUUGCACUAUUAUGGAUAACUUCACAUUGUAAAAAUAAUCAUUAAGAAAUUUAUAAAUCUCAGCUACAGAUUCAUAAUUUUUAGUUGGAGCCGCUGAUUGUCAUAUUUGUAUUUUUCAAACAAUAUCUAAUGGUUCACAGCUUUAUCCACGGUAAAAUGUACUCAAAUAAUUAUUUAACAUGUUAUAAAGUAAACAAAACCAAAAUGUCAACCCUAGACAAUCUUACGGUUUGGAUUAAAAAGAAGUCCCAUCAAAAGAUUUUACCCAAUAUUUAAGAAUUAUUGUGUUCUUGGAGUAUAUUAUAUAGAAAGAUAUUUGUGCUAAAAUGUUUUAAGCCAUUGAUUAGAAAACACUUCCAGCAGAUCUCCAUGCUGAAGUCUGUUCUUAUCUUUACUGAUUUAAUUAAAUUGAUUGCAUUGAAUACAGUAAAUCUGAGGGCCAUGCUUUUGUCAUAAGUUCAACAGAGCCUGCCAAAUCUAACCUUAAUGGGUUUUUUUUAAGUCUUUGUCUAUAAUUUUAAAUUCAGCUCUGCACCAGUCUAAUGUUUAAAACAGACUUUUUUUUUCCGGAGAUGAAAGGAAAACAAAACUCUUAUGUAGUUAUAGUCUAGGUCAACAAGCUGUCUGUUUUGUGUUGUUACAAAAGGUAUGAUGACCUAGACUACUUAAGUUGUUUUUACUUCAAAGGUUGUUAACCUUUAUCUCUACUUUAUUUCCUAUGAUUUGACUGUUUUUUUUCACUUGUUUAUUAUGAAAUAAUGAAUGAAUCAUUAAAAUAAUAAUAUUGUUAACAAUGACUGUCGGUUUGUUUGUUUGUUCAAUCAUGAAUUCAUUAUUUGUUAAAAUCAUAUUUUGCAUUAAAGAGAUAUUACUAUUGCCUAGAAAAUAAAAGUAAAUAAUUUUGAAUAAUAAAACAAAAAAAACUUAGAACGUCUAAUUAUUGAAAAUCCAAACAUUUAUCUGCUCCCAGUAAGAUAUUUUUUCUACAAUGGAUUGUUCAUGAAACUCCUUAAGAUGACAAUCAAAUUUGAACAUGCACAACUGUAAAGGCACUGUAACGUAACUGUAUAAGCAAAUCAUGUCAAAUUUUAAAGCGCUACUGUCUCUUUGAUAGGGUUUCUGUGGUCACAUGUCGGUGUGGAGUCAAAAGGUCGUAUCUGGCAUAUUUUGCGAGAUUCACUUUUUUGCUUCUUCAGAAUGAGAAUUUUUUUGCACAUCUUUUCAUCUGGUUGUCAUAUUUCUAAGCCAAUAAAAAGAGGUUUUAUAGA